AUGUAAAUUAGUUAUAAGGAAGCAAUAGAACAAUAAUUUGAAAAUAGGUAUAGAAAUCCUGAGUAAAAAGGUGUAGGAGCCUUUUCAAAAGUCUACAAAUGUCAAAAUAUAUUUGGAGAAUCUGUGGCUAUUAAGGUUUUAGAUAUCUUGAUUUUAGGUUGUCAGUUUAUUUUAAGUAAAGCCAUUAAUUAUACCUUAUCUAAAGAAUGAAGUUGAAUUAUUAAAAAAGAGUGAUAAUGAAAACGUUAUCAAAUUGUAUGAAGCUUAAGAAACACAAUUUGCUUUGUUUUUAGUUUUGGAAGUCAAUAUUAUUAUUUAUGCUUUAGUAUUGCGAGUUUGAUGUCAAAACUAUGAUGAAAAUAUUUUUUAAAAAUAAGUUACCCGAGGAUCUUGUAAUUGUUAUUCUUAAACAAUUGGUAAAUGGAUUACAUUAUUUACAUAAAAAUUAAAUUAUUCACAGAGAUUUAAAAUUAGAAAAUAUAGGAGUAGUAAUAUAGCCAGAAGAUUUAUGUAAACUGACAGCAUCCAAUGAACAUUUAUAUGAAUCAAUUUUUAAAAAUGCUUCUUACAAAUUACUUGAUUUAGGAUUAGCGAAAUAGUUUAUAAAUUAAACAAAAACUGUAACUUUCGCUGGAACUGAGGUUAAUAUGGGUAUAUUUUUGAAUUUAUGCUUUUAGCUCCUGAAGUUUUGGAAAGGAAACCGUAUUCGUUUGAAGCAGAUAUAUAUAGUUUGGGAGUUUGUUUAUAUUAAAUGAUUACUGGAGAGUAUCCUUAUUAUGAUGUACUUCAUUAAAAAGAUUAAUUUUAAUUAAUCAAGUAAUAAGAUGCCAAUUUUGAAAUAAUCGAAAAUAAAAUUCUAAGAAAUUUUAUUUAAAAAAUGCUCAAAUAUUAAGUUGAAGAAAGAUUAACAUUUUCAUAGUUAUAUUAAUCUCCAUAUAUUUUCAAUUCUUAACAAAUAAUUCCAUCACUUUUGGAAUCGUCCCUCAUUAAAAAUUAAGAAUUUUAUGACUGGAAUAAAUAAUUGGAUAAUAAUCAACUCCGUUAAGGUUCUUCUAAAUUGAAAAAAUACUCAUAUGCAUAGUUUGAUCAAUCUUAAUACUCAAAAUAAAAUAAUAAUUCCUUACAAAAAAAUUUUUUUGAAAAAAUUAAUAAAUCUAUAAUACACAACUAGAAUGUAUCAAAUAAUUAAGGGAAUAUUUAGAAUUAUGAUUUUGAAGAAAUGCAAGUUAGAAAUUCAAAUUAGAAAUCUUAAAUCGGAAAACCAAAAUCAAAUCUUAUAUAAAAAUUUGAAAAAUGGAAGUAAUUAAAGAAUUUUAUUAUGUUGAUCUAAAAUAUUUGUGAAAGGUUGUAUAAUUUGAUUUUAGAUAUUCCAGAUAUCUUAAGGUAUUUUUCUUUUGAAGGGGAAUUUCAUUGUUAUUUACAAUAUUUUACAAAAUUAGGUUAGGAUAUGGUAAAUUAGUUGAAAGAGGAAGUUAAUUCUUAGUCUAAUUAUUCUGAUUAUGAAUUAUAAACAGAACUCAAUGAUUCAUUAUAAAAAAUUUAAUUCCAUAAUGUUUUAGAUGUGAAAUCUUCUUACUUAAGUAAACAAGUUUAUAAACUGAGAAAAUAUUUGGAAUAAAUUGAUUCACUUAAAGAGAUAAAAGAAUAAAUAACAUUAGGUAAUUUAAAUAAAGAUUUCUAAAGGAAUAAUGCAGUAAUUUUUAAACAAAUCUUAGUGUUAUUAUAAAGUAUUUACUAUUAAGAAUAGGAAUUAGACUAGGAUGAAUAUCAAAAAUUAAAUUAAUUUAAUUGCAAUUUAUAUAUAAUUCUUAUCAAAUUAACAAUACUUGAAGCUGGAUUUUAAUAGAAAUUGUAAAUCUAAGAUGAUUUAAUAACAAAUUACAGCUUAAACAAUUUUUCCAAUGAUCCUGAUUCGUUAUGUACUUACUUAGGUCAAAUAAUGGAUGAAUAUAAAAUAUAAUAUUAUGACAAUUUAUGA